AUGGCCUCUUUAAAUACCUCUACCAACGGCCCUUCGAUCAAAUCUUCAUACAAUGGAGUCAUCAAUUCCGCUCCCCCAUCCGGUCCCGCCGCAAAGUCCCCAACCUAUGGUCAAUGGGCCAUCUUCUCCGUCUCUGCACCCCUAGUGAAUGCCUUCCAACAGGACAGCGGGGGAAAGGAGAGUGUGCUGAAGGUCCAGAGCACCGGAGAGGGGGAGCUGCUGGACUUGAUCGAAGACUUUUCAGAAGGCAGAGUCCAAUUUGCUUUCGUCAAAGUCCUUGAUCCUAAUACCACGCUGCCCAAAUAUGUGUUGAUCGGAUGGUGCGGAGAAGGAGUGCCUGAAAGAACAAAAGGCUACUUCACAAGUCAUCUUGCUGCAGUAUCUAAGAUUCUCCACGGAUACCAUGUUCAGGUUACAGCCCGCUCCGACCGCGAUCUGACCCCCGAGAGCAUAGUCCAGAAAGUUGCGGAUGCAUCUGGCUCCAAAUACUCCGCUGGCAGUGCUGCACCUGUUUCAUCUUCUGGCCAUCCACCUCCUGUCGCCUCCAAACCAGCUUUUAACCCUACACGAUCGAGUGGAGCUUCUAGCUUUAACCCCUUAGCAAGCUCGCGGGCGAGACAGAACGACCCGAAUGCGGAUGAGGAUGGCUGGGGUGCUGACGCGCCACAAGUGACUCGGUCACAACUGGAGAAGGUUGCGCCCGCAUACCAACCGACAAAAGUCAACAUGGCGGAAUUGACGAAGCAAAAGGAACCUUCGAGGUUUAAUGGAAGCCAAAGAGCUGAUAACUCUGCCUCCGAAGAUACGGUCAGAGGUGGCUACCAACCGGUUGGAAAGGUCGACAUAGCUGCAAUCCGUGCCCAAGCCAAGAAGAAGGAAGAUGACCGACCAACAAUCGUGAAGGGUGCAUAUGAGCCCGUUGGAAAGGUGGACAUCGCAGCUAUUCGAGCUAAAGCCCAAAAGCCAGGGGAUGAUGGAGGUCGACAACUUUCACCAGCUGCAACAGGAACUUCUGCCAAAAGCAACAUCAGCGAAGAGCACAGGUCUCUUGCGGACCGAUCUUCCGCGUUCACACAAUCAGAAAGACUUACAUCCUUGCCCAAGCCCAAGGUUGCAAAUAAAUUCGGGGGUUCAGGCUUCACCGGAACCAAAGCGCCCACUCCUGGCCAAUUUGGACUUCAAUCCGCCCCUCCAACAGCGGCUCCUGCACCCGUCGGCGCAGCAAGUAGGACAUUUGCUGAUGAGGGUGGAAAGACUCCUGCUCAGAUCUGGCAAGAGAAAAAAGCUCGCGAAAGAGGUCUUAGCGGAGCUGCUGCCCCUUCCCCAGGCAUUACAUCACCUUUGCAAAGCCAAACAAGCGGAGGAGGGCAAUGGCAGAGCGGGUAUAAAGGGAAGUCUUGGGCCCCUGUGGCUAUCAAUGGUACUGGUCGUUCUGCUGGAUCUGGUAGCAUUGGCCAACAGCGAACAGGCGAAGAAGAACACGAAGACGCAGCUCCCGCAUCGCCAGUUGGUGGCAUUGGGGCAAUCAGGGACAGAUUCAAGGGUGGAGCACCAAUGGGCGCACCCAGUAUCCCACGAACAACCACAGGAGAGCAAUCACCGCCCCCACCUCCUAUGAACACCCGGCCAUCUGGACCAACUGGCGGAGUGCCCAUGCCUGGUCUUCCCACACGACCCCGUCCCGAUGAAGAUGAAGAAGAAGAAGAAGAAGACCAAGCUGGACCCAACAUCCCUCCACCACCUCGAGUCCAACGCAGCCCAACACCCCCUACCCCCGAAGCACGUGAUGUCUCACCUGUCCGAAUCGCCAUGCCAGUUGCCCGAGGCAGAGAGAUUGAAGCCCCAGAAGAGCGCAACCCCCCGCCCGCUCUUCCCGAGCAAGCAAUUAGCAACCGCAUCCCCGAUGAAGAAGACCUCACUGAAGAGCCCGCCGGCCAUGACCCAGCUCGUGGCGCAGGAGCCGCAGUGGGCGCAGCAUCAUUCGGUCACAACGCCCCUUCAGCCAUCACCCAGAACUCAGGUGGCAAGCGCGCACUCAUCCAAUAUGACUACGAGAAAGCUGAGGAUAACGAGCUCGAGCUUAUAGAAGGCGAGUACGUUACCAACAUAGAAAUGGUGGAUGAGGAUUGGUGGAUGGGCACGAACUCCAAGGGCGAAAGUGGAUUGUUUCCUAGCAACUACGUCGAGAUCGUCGAGGGCGAAGAGGAGCAGGAAGAAGCUGCCCCUCCUCCUGUGCCAGCUGCUUCACGACCGACUCCCGCUCCUGCUCCAGCAACGGCGCCCUCGGGACCGACUGCGACGGCCGUUUAUGAUUAUGAGGCUGCAGAGGAUAAUGAGUUGAGCUUUGAUGAAAAUGCGACUAUUACUGGACUAGAGUUCCCCGACGAAGACUGGUGGUUCGGACAUUUCAACGGAAGGUCUGGUCUUUUCCCAGCAAACUAUGUACAACUUGACGAGUAA